UGGGUAGAGCCAACAGGUGGAGCUGGGCGCAAGAAAUACUGGAGCGAGGAAGCCACUGAGAGGAGCAUCCUUGUGGGCCGAGCUGGAGCAGCUGAAUGAAGAGCUGGUAGGGGGCGGGAUGACCCCAUCCCCGUGCAAGCCGACGUGACGCCCGUCCGAAGAAAGAGCCUAAGCCACAGGAGUCUGGAACUCAGGGAGACCUCUGAGCCGCAGGCAGUUGUGAGGGAGAAAGCUCCGGAAGUCCAUAUAGGGUUGCUACCCGCAGCCUGGCAAGAGAGGUGGACAGGGGCGAGUCCGGACCCUGAGCGCGCCGCCGGCGGGGGCGGACCCAGGCCGCAGUGCGCAGGCGCGCGCCGAGCUAACCGUUUCCAUGGCGGCGAGGACCCACGCGCCCCAACCGCUCUUCAACUGUCGGGUCCCAGGCUUCUGCCCCGCCGAAGGCCGUUGUGCCCGAACGUGUCAGCACCCCCGCCUCAGCCCUGGCUCCUGCCUGGGGUCAGCCGAACCCCACCUUCCCACUCUGUCCCUGGCCUCGACAUGAGCCACCUGGAGCUGCUGCUGCCUGGGGAGGCUGACUUGCUGAUUAGAGGACUGCGCAGCUUCCCGCUGCGCGAGAUGGGCUCCGGAGGGUGGAACCAGCAGCAUGAGAACCUGGAGAAGCUGAACAUGCAGGCCAUCCUUGAUGCCACGGCCAGCCAGGACGAGCCCAUCCAGGAGCUGCUGGUCACCCAUGGGAAGAUCCCAACGCUGGUGGAGGAGCUGAUUGCAGUGGAGAUGUGGAAGCAGAAGGUGUUCCCUGUGCUGUGCAGGCUAGAAGACUUCAAGCCCCAGAACACCUUUCCCAUAUACAUAGUGGUACACCAUGAGGCCUCCAUCAUCAACCUCCUGGAGACAGUAUUCUUCCACAAGAAGGUGUGUGAGUCAGCAGAGGACACCAUCUUUGACCUAGUGGACUACUGCCACCGCAAACUGACUCUGUUGGUGGCCCGGAGUGGCCAUAGUGGCCCCCCUGAAGACAAUGAGUCCCAGUACAGCACCCCUAUGCAGGAGCUGCAGAAGCAGGCAGAGCUGAUGGAAUUUGAGAUUGCACUGAAGGCCCUCUCAGUGCUACGCUACAUCACAGACUGUGUGAACAGCCUUUCCCUGAGCACCUUGAGCCGCAUGCUUAGCACCCACAACCUGCCCUGCCUCCUGGUGGAACUGCUGGAGCACAGUCCCUGGAGCCGGAGGGAAGGAGUGUGCUGGUUCCUCUCCCCAGGCAAGCUGCAGCAAUUUGAGGGCGGCUGUUGGCAGACAGUGCCCCCCCCAGAGCAGCAAAAGUUGAGCAAGUUGGACGGGCAGGUGUGGAUUGCCCUGUACAACCUGCUGCUAAGCCCCGAGGCCAGGGCCCGCUACUGCCUCACAAGCUUUGCCAAGGGACAGCUACUCAAGCUUCGGGCCUUCCUCACAGACACGCUGCUUGACCAGCUGCCCAAUCUAGCAGACCUGCAGGGUUUCCUGGCCCACCUGGCCUUGGCUGAACCCCAGCCCCCUAAGAAGGACCUGGUGUUGGAACAGAUCCCAGAAAUCUGGGAGCGCCUAGAGCAAGAGAACAGAGGCAAGUGGCAGGCUAUUGCUAAGCACCAGCUGCGGCAUGUAUUCAGCCCCUCAGAGCAGGACCUGCGGUUGCAGGCACGAAGAUGGGCUGAGACCUACAGGCUGGACGUGCUAGAGGCAGUAGCUCCAGAGCGGCCCCGCUGUGCCUACUGCGGCACAGAGGCCUCCAAGCGCUGUUCACGAUGCCAGAAUGAGUGGUAUUGCUGCAGGGAGUGCCAAGUCAAGCACUGGGAGAAGCAUAGAAAGGCUUGUGUCCGGACAGCCCAGGGUGACAGAGCCAAGUGAAGGCUGCAGCUGCUGAGGGACAACCACCCAUGCGAUACAACCCACCUUGAGUGUGCCCCUGAACCUAGGGAUCUCAGCCCGGCCUCUGCCAGAGCCCCAGCCUCCCAGGUGGUGAACACAGCCGACAGGGUAGAGCUGCUGACCCAUCUCCCCCAGCAAAGCGCUGCCGGCUUCCUGCCCCACCCGGCGGGUAGGCUGAGGGCGCUGCCUCAGCAACCUAGGGCAGGAGGCCUGGGCGGAGGGCGAGGGCGAGGGCCGGAUGUGGGGACCCUCUUCCUCUAGCACUGUAAAGCUGGCCUCCAGAAACA